AUGCCAACAACAAAACUCAUCGCCUUUUUUAACUUUCCAAAGGACGAUAAAUUACGGGAAUUGUGGUUGUCUUUCUUGGUGCCUGUUAAUAUUAAGCUCAGCGGCUUGUCUAAAGAACAAUUGUUAAAUAGAUAUGUGUGCCAAAAGCACUUCGACAGACAGCAGUUCGACGGUGUGGGUAACCGUCUUGCGCAUGGUUAUCCCUGCUUAUUUACUGCAAGGGAAAUGAUGCACGGUAUUCCCUUGGACUCUUCAACUGCCCACGCUCUGAGUGAUCACAACUAUGGUUUACCAAUAGCUGUCCUAGAAGAUUCAAAUGAUUUCACUACUAAUACCGUAAUCAACUCACAAGACCACAUUAGUGAUCAUAAUUAUGUUUUGGAAUGUAAUGUUGAAAAGGGGCCACCAAUUGAAGAACCUACAAAUUCUAAAUCUGAUGUUAGGUAA